AUGUACAAAUUCCAUGCAGGUAAUUUGGGGAAAAAUGGUGGUUUUGAAGUUGGUCCACAUGUAUUCAAGAACUUCUCGACAGGGAUCCUCGUUCUCCCCAAAAGACCAGACUUAUAUUCACCAAUUCCAGGAUGGAUUGUUGAAUCCUCAAAACCAGUAAAAUACAUCGACUCGAAGCAUUUCAACGUCCCGUCAUGGCGCGCUGCAGUCGAGUUCGUUGGAGGGAGAGAAACUGCCAUUGCACAAAUCAUAAGGACAGUGCCCAACAAAUUCUACAACCUCACAUUCACCAUUGGUGAUGCGAAAAAUGGCUGCCAUGGAUCAAUGACAGUGGAAGCUUUUGCUGGCAAACAGACUGUAAAAGAGCCAUUUACUUCUCAAGGGAAAGGUUGGUUUAAGACAGCAAGUCCUAGGUUUCAAGCAGUUUCGGACAGAACAAGGAUAACAUUUUUUAAACCGAUUUUAUCACACAAAGAUACACGACUUUGGACAUAUUUGUCGCUCUGUCUUGAAUGA